GGGUGACGCGGUGUGCGUACGCUCGCGGACCUAGCUGCGGAACAUUAUUAUUAUUAUUUUCGGGUUAGUUUUUUUGGUUCGUGUCGACACGAACAAGACACAGACAGCCCGUCGAAUCGUCUCGAGGAAUUUAAAAUAAUUUUUUAAAGCAACAACAACAAAAAAAAACAACCCAACAACCCCGAACUCUGGAGUUGAAACCGCUUUGGAAAGUGAAGGCGAGCAGGGAUUUCUCAUCGGGAUUAAUCGCAGUCCGUUCAAUUCGGCCACCUGCUCCGGAAUCGACGGGGAACAGCCCCCCUCCCUAAGAGCGCGCGUUGCUUUGCCGUUGCGCCGAUAUCUUCUCCCGGUAACCGCGCGCUCGGGGCGGACGGCGCGUUGAUUUCCAGCUGCGGUCCGUUUUAACCGGCGAAGGCGCCCCGUACGUUUGGCGGCUGUCCGCUUCGGUGGAGUUUGCAACUCGGUUUUCCGGAAAGGUUGCAGCUGCUCGGUUACGGGAGCGCGACCGAUCCGCGUCCUUGCCCGGAUCCGCCGCCGUGCACUCGUCUCCGGUAAUAACGGACGACGGCAUCCUGACAGAACAGUGCUUGACUGCGCAUUCUCAAGGAUUACAAAGGCAGUUUUUGCAAGCGGCGGUCGCCGCUGUCGGAUUUGACUCGUUUGUGCACAGAGGAUGUUCAAGUCGCAAAGAAAGGGGGAAUAAUUCCCAGGGAUUAUACAUUUACAUUGAAUCUUCAGAACGGAAUGAGAGGUUUUUAAAUCUGUCCCGUACUCUCACGACAGCCACGCUCCCACAAACGGAUUGCCCGGGCGCCGUAACCUGCAUGGAAGUGUAGCCUGCACCACAGAACAAUUUAUAUGGUCGCUGCCGACAGCACGGUGGCUGUCGUCCGGCCCCUGCACCAUGCUCGCCUGUCUGCAGCGGAGACAGAACCCGGUGCCGCACCGCAACCCGGAGGCCCCGCCCACCGCCGCCCGCAAACGUGAAGGGAGCAUGCCCGUCCUGUCGCCCCGCUACCCCAGCUCGGCGGAGCUAGACGCGUACGCGCAGAAGACGGCCAACAGCCCCCUGUCCAUCAAGAUCUUCCCGGCCAACGUCAGGGUCCCACAGCACAAGCACCUCAACCGCACGGUGAAUGGGUUCGACACCACGGGCCAGCGCUACAGCCCCUACGCCCCCGCCCACCCACAGCCCCGCCCGGGCGCCUACCAGGGCCUGCUGGCCAUCGUCCGGGUCACCUCCGCCGCCUCGUCCUCCUCCUCGUCCUCGUCCGCGAGGGCCGUGGUGAAGAGCGCGGAGGGCCGGCGGACUAAGCUGUCGCCCGCCCUGGUUGCGGCAGCGCCGUACCCGCCCCCCUGCCCCCCGGCCCACUGCCACGCGCAGGGGGGCUUCGCCGCCACCGCCCCCCCCCCCAACGUGACGCUGGCCGGGUCGGCUGUCCCGCUGGGCGGGGUCAGGGGGCUGAACCUGCCCGCCCAGUCCCACCUGCCCUCCAUCCAGAGCAUCAUCUACCAGAUCAACCAGCACUGCCAGGCCCAGGCCCUGCAGCAGGUCGCCGCGGCGCCCACCAACGCCCACCCCAGCCCCUGUAAGCAGGGCGCCGCGGUCAUGGGGCUCUCCUCCGGCUCGUCCGGGGGCAGCUACGUCGCCAGCCUGGCGACGCACGCGCAGGGGAGUCUGGGCUACGCCGGGACAGUGCUGCCAGGGCAGAACGGGGACCUCGCGAAGGGCGGGGCUUACAUCGAGGGUGUGGACUACAUCCUCUGGCAGAAGCAGCAGCAGCAGCAGCAGCAGCAGCAGCAGGCCGUCCUGAGGAUGUACAGCGGCGGGAGCGGAGGGGGCGGGGCCAUAAGCAAGUCCCCCGAGUCCUGCAUCCCGGGGGGCGGGGCCGUCAUGGUGGGCGGCGCCCAGCUGUCGUCUUCCUCGAGGGCGUACCCGAUGACGGCGAGCGUGAGCGGGGGAGGCGGGCCAGACAAGGUGAGCUCCUCCCCACUGAACUGUCUGGGGAUGCAGGGCAAUUUCACAGUGGGGCAGUACUUCGCUCCGCCCUGGAACAGCGUCCUCGUCACCCCCGACAGCGACUGCUACAACCCUCAGGAGCUGCCGGCGACGACGGCCCCGGCCGGCCCCGCGACCGGCCACAGGGAGCUGGGCUUCCUGCCCCACCCUCACCACCAGCUCCACAACUUCCACCACCACCACAACCACCGUGCCCCUGGCGACAGCAACGGGUGCUGCAGCCUGCCCAGCAAAGGCUUGUGCAACGCCUCUGCCCUCAGCAGCAGCCUGCAGUCGCUGGAGUACCUCAUCAACGACAUCCACCCACCCUGCAUCAAGGAGCGCAUGCUGGGUAAAGGCUACGAGACCGUCUCGGUGCCACGGCUGCUCGACCACCAGCACGCACACAUCCGACUUCCUGUUUACAGAUAGAGGCUCCGGGAAAGUGGGCGUGUCCGGCGCCAACGGGGGAAAUGAAGAAUAUUCGAGACAUUUCCAACCAGAUACAGGGGAGUAUCGAAAGGGCAGUUAGCUCCCGUAGAGAGCGAUGUUGGCGUUUUUGCAGACUCCUGAGCCGCGAUUGGGCGGAGCUGUUCAGGUGACGAAUGCUGGAAAGCCAAUCGGUGCCUCUCAGCUGAGAGGUGGGGCAGAAUAGCCUGCUGGGAAGUGGGAUACAGAAAGAUUCCACAUGAGGAUUGAUUUCUGUUUGUUUUGGUUUGGUUUUGGUUUUGGUUUUAACAGGGAUUUUAGAUUGUUUUUGUGUCCUACUGUUGAUUAUUUUUGUUGUUGUUGUUGUUUUCUUUCUUUGAGUUUUCUGAUUGGACUAAACCUUGCGGUGAUAAUAAUGGCUUUGUUUGGGUAGGGAACGGCUUCCACUGCUCACCGUCUCAACACUGAUCCAAGUCUGUGAGCUCGUACGAUGAAAAGGACGGUCUCCCAGGACCAAAUGGACCAAAGUUUAAGGUUACACACACACACACACACACACACACACACACACACACACACACGCACAGAGGCCUACAAGGUACACAAAUCAAUUGUUACAAAGACAGAAAAAUCGUACAGCAUCAGUGCUUGUGAGUGUUGUUUAGGGAUGAUGUUAAAAUACAUUAAAAGAAUAACUUAACUGUAAGAAUUCUGAUUGCACUGCUUGGUGAAGCUGAAAUCUUGUAGAAGGACCUGGAAGCUGAAAACAAGUAGUUUGAAUAUAAUGUAUUUAUGAAACUUGAAAACUUGAACUUAUUUUUGUCAUUUUAUAUAUUUGUAGUAUAUAAUAUGCAUCGGCUGCUACGGGGGGAAACAGUGUGUUUGAAACGCUUACUUUUUUAUCCUUUCAUUUUGGGAGCUUUUGUUUUGGGUUGUGGUUUUUUCCUCCCUCUCUUCCUGGCUGAAAUCUAGUUUCUAGUUCUGAUGGUCUAUUCACUGGAAUCCGCUGGAGUCUCUGAGUGUGGGUACGUUGCGGCGGCUGGUCACAAAAACCGGUGUUUUGACACCAAGAAUCAAGGAUCUGACCUAUUGCCUCUGGUGUGACAGAGAUUUUUUUUGGUUUUUUUUUUUCUUUUCCCUGGAUGCCGCGAUGUGAUUGGUUUGGAGUAGCAGGCUCAUCGUCCUUGGUAACCGCCCGGGUCGACCUGAUUGGUCGUGCGAAGCCUAAUUGCUCAGUCACAUGAGCACAGUUAAUUCAAGAGCGCUUAGAGCCACGGACCUGUGUGACACUUGACCAUUCCUUCUUUUAAAAAAAGGUGAAACAAUCAUAUUUCUCCACUUUUUCUCCAUUUCUCUCUCUCUCUCUCUCUC